UAUCCGAGCUCAUGUGGUAUACUUUAUCAAAUUAGUUAAUUUUCUAACAUAAAUGAGUGAAAUUAAGGUUAUCAAAGAAAAUAAUAAUAUGGUGAUUGCUUCGAAUAUUCAUUCAAAUAGCAGGUAGCACAAUAAAAAUGACUCCAAAACGAAAAGCAACUAGUUCAGAGUCAACAUCUUCAUCAAGUUCUGGAUCUUCUUCAAGUAGUUCUUCUAGUUCAGGCAGCGAAUCAAGUUCUUCUGACUCUGAAAACUCUAGUAGUUCAGCACCAAGUCAAAAGGCAUCUGAUUCUGAUAGAGUUAAAAAGAAAGUACCAUUAUCUGCAGCUCGACAUGUCAAAUCUAAAUCAGAAACCAAUCCACCAACAGUGGAAGUUAAGGGGAAGGAGAAAACGAUUCCUAAAACUAGACAUGUUUAUUCAUCUGAAUCAGAAGAAUCUCCACUCAAAGGAAAACCUUCACCAGCUAAAAGAAAACCACCUGCAAAACCAAAAGCUACUGCUACAGUUGCUCCAGUUGUAAAGCAACAAAAACCAAUAAGUAAACCAAAUGUAUCUGGUGUACAGCAAAAAAAUGCAUCACCAAGCAAGCCAGUCAAUAAACUCAACAAAUUUCCAGUGAGUAUGAUAUCUGCUAAAUCGACAGAAAAAAAUGUAAAAACAGGUGAACCACCUCAAAAGAAACUCAAGAAAAAAAGUAUUUUUAGUCCUGAAAAUAGUAGUGAAAGUGAUAGUGGAGUGCCAAUUAAAUCAGCUACUUCAAAGUCAUCUACAAAUACAGUUACUCCUCAAAAAUCUCAAUCUCAACAAGCAAAAGCAAAACCAAAUGAACAAAAAUCUCGAUCAACAAUCACUAAUAGACCUAGUUUAAUAACAAGACAAUUAGCCAAAUCUGAUAGUUCAGCAAGUUCAAAGAGUUCUGCUGCAUCUGGCUCAGGAUCUUCUGCAUCAACAGACAGUAGCUCUGAUUCAGAUUCAUCAGAAAGUCAACCAAGCCCUGAACCAUCACCAAAGAAAAAAGAACCUCAACCAGUUUCAAGGCCUGCUCCAAUAUCUAAUACUACAAAUAAAAGAAGCGCUACAUCAGUUGCUACAGUAAAACCUCAAAAAAGUUUGAAAAAACAAAAUAUUCAGAUAAAAAGUGAGGAGGAAAGUGAAAAUGCAGACACUGACAAAGAUGUGGAAGAUAAUGUUGAAGAUAGCAAACCUGUAAUAAAAGGAAAACGAAAACUUCAAACACGCAAAGUAAACAGAACACAAUCACAAAUAAAAUCACUUGCAAGUGAUUCUGAAUCUGAAGUGGACAUUAAGCCAAACGUAACAAAGUCGCCCAGCAAAAGACCAGCAGGAAGUUUGUCAUCCAGACAAUUAGGACUGAAUAGGUCUACCAGUGGUGGUAUUCCUACAAAAGGUCACACGUCGAGUACUAGAACACGGACGAUAAAAGAGCGUGAAUGUCCUCUUGCUUCGGUCUGUGACUCUCGUGGUCAUCUGUCUGGAAAAUGCGAAGUUCAUUUUACGUUAGACGCUUGCCCAGUGUAUCAUAAUACGACUGCUCAGGGAUGCAUAGAUGUCUACAAAGAGAGAAAGAAGAAAGAUGAGGAACGAAAGCGAGUGUUAUCAGGCAUGGGUAAAAAGUCUCCUAAAGGUGGAUACCAAACGAUCGAACAACGAAAUUAUCAACAGAAAAUCAAAGACUUACGUGGCAAAUUCAAAACGCCAUUGUCAGAUGGUAACGAAUCUGACAGUAGAGGAGAGACCCAGGGUAUCGAUAAAACUCGACAACCUUCGCUUAUUGGUUUAACAUCCGAUUAUGAUCUCAAACUCUUCUUGGAGGCUCAAGCAGUAGCUAGUGAAAAAAUUGAAAAAGACUUAAAAGAACUAGGUUACGAUGGUGAAGGAAGGAAUGGUGGCAUUGGUACUCGUUGUAUAGAAAUGGGUAAAUGGGAAAUGGAAGUUUGGUAUCAAAGUCCAUAUCCCGAGGAGUACAGUCGAGCUCCAAAACUAUAUUUAUGCGAAUAUUGUCUAAGGUAUGCCAAGAGUCGGCAGGUUUUAAGGAGGCACAAGGACAAGUGUGUUUGGAGGCAUCCACCUGGUCAUGAAGUUUACAGAAAAGAAAAAAUAGGUGUCUGGGAGGUGGAUGGUCGGAGAUACAAACAAUACUGCCAAAAUCUUUGCCUUUUAGCGAAAUUCUUCUUAGAUCAUAAGACUCUCUAUUAUGACGUGGAACCAUUUCUAUUCUACGUCAUGACAAUCAAUGACUCCGAAGGUUGUCACACUGUAGGUUAUUUUAGCAAGGAAAAAAGUUCCAACAACAACUACAACGUCUCGUGUAUAUUGACUCUGCCGCCGUAUCAGCGGCAAGGUUACGGCCGGCUGCUCAUUGACUUCAGCUACCUACUAACGAGGGUGGAGAAUAAAAUAGGCUCGCCGGAAAAGCCGCUGUCGGAUCUCGGGCUCAUCUCUUAUCGUAGCUACUGGAAGGACGUGCUGCUGCAGUACCUGUGCAACUUCGGCGGCAAGGAGAUUUCCAUAAAGGACAUCAGCAAGGAGAUGGCCAUCGACUCGUCCGACAUCGUCAGCACGCUGCAAGCCUUAGGAAUGAUGAAGUACUGGAAGGGCAAGCAUAUCAUACUUAAGAAGCAGGACGUGAUCGACGACUACAAGGAGCGGGUGAAGCGGCGAGGUGGCGUCUACAAGGAAAUCGAUCCGGAGUGCCUGAAGUGGAGCCCUUUCCAACCGCCCAAGACGCCCUCUGCUACGAGCUGAAGUCCUCCGCGCGCCGAAGCCCCGCUCUAGGCCGUCACGGCAUUGUGCCUCCUCUGUACUUUUGGCUCGCACGCGCGACUCGCGAGCCUGCUUUGCCGCUCGCUUCCACGCUGGACUUUUCCCUUAGACGCGCUGCCUUGAUCGGCCGACUUUUCGCCGACUUCAGUUUUGGCGCGGCCGAAAGGAAACGAUAUUGUCGGGAGUAGAGACGACCGAGCAGAGCGCUCUGUGCAUUUGCCGAGUACUCAAAGGCAAAGUCGAUCGAGCCACGAUGUAAAAUCAACGUAAUUUAAAGAAGGACAAUGAUUUUUAAUUGACCUUCUAAGGAGCUUACGACAGUUCGGGGUGAAAUUUUCAGUUUCUUUUUUUUUUUUUUUUUUUUUUCUCUCGAGGUGCAAUUCUCACGUGAACAAUAUUAUUGAUUCUAGUCAAAAUAUCAACAAGACAAUUCACCCCAAGCAUAUUCAUUUUAUUUCAUACCAAUAAUAAUUGUCAUACACUCGAAGACUUGAAGCAUUAUUCUAUGCGUCUACAAUUUACUAACAAUCAGCAUUUGAUUUAUUUUCUCUUCCUUUCGUUUCCUAAAAUUUCACUCCAAAUGUGUCAAACUGCAUCGUUCCAUAUUCCACAAAUGUGUAAUGUAUAGGUCGAAUGCAGCCCGAAGAAGAUAUUAUGAAUAUUUUUGUAUUGCUUGGGAUUAUCGUAAUACUUUUUACUUGGAUCCUGUCGAUGAAAAAGUAAAAUUUAUUACUGAUCUCUAGAGCAACGGAAAAUUGAUUAUAUUCCUUUGAUAUUGAUUUGUCAAAUGAAUUGUUAUUUUAUCGCAGCAUGGCUAAAGUCGAAACUAAACUAACAAUUGCUCUAUGGAAAUAUGUUAAUUUCUUGGCAUCUAAAUGUUUUAGAAUGCGAAUGGGAGCAUUUUAAAAGUAAUAUGCCCGCCCAGUAAUAAUUUUCGAAAGAUUGGCUAUUCUAAAGAAAUAAUUAAAAUAAUACGCCGGAAUAGAUGAAGUGUUAUUCUAAAACAUUUACGAUGGUGAUUGUCUGGUUAGAUUUGUUCUAUAGCCAAAAUUUUAUAUAACUUUCUACAUUUUAUAAAUGUAUUAUGUAGAUCCGAGAGAUAUUGAAAUUGCUUAUCACUGACUGUGUUAUAAUCAUGGUAUUGUAAUUUUUCGUUUCUAAUUUCCGCUGUCGUUACCUCGACAUGGAAAUUAUUGUACAAUGCAUUGUACAUUAUUAAUAUAAUUAGAGUUAUUGUAAAUGUGGGAUGUUAUUUAUCGACUGAAAAAACAUGUUCAAUGUGUGAUUUUUUACAGAUUUUUUUGAGGUUGUCAAAUCCUUGAUAUUGAAAGAAUUAGGAAGUGUGACGGUUGUCAAGUACAAAUCAUUAAUAAUUUUCACGUGUAUAGAUUUUUAGCUGGUAAAGUAUUUAUAUAUAGUUUCCUAUGACUGUAGCUAUCUAUAGCAAUAUGCAGCUGUAUUUACAGUGGAAACAUUAUGAAAAAAAAUUUUAUUUUUAAGUUUUAUUCAUUGUUUCAUUUUCAUGUUUUUACAUUGCAUCGUGCGAUUCAAUUAUCUGUAAGUCUUUAUAUUUUAAUGUAACAUCGACAUUUUAAAUCAAGUGUCAUGACACGUUAGUUUUCCGUAUUCAUUUCCAUGAUUUCAUCAUCAAACGUUUAAUGUAAAAUAUACUUGUAAAAUACUAGGAAAUUUAAAGGUAAUAAAAGCC